AUGGCCUCCCAAAGCAGUCCUUCUACUGCACGACUCCAGAGAGUCGAAGCGCAGCCGGAGAACCCAUAUGCCCGCCUGAUUGAGGAUCAAUCGAUUGCGAUAAUUCCUUCUUUCACCCUGGAAUCUGGUGACACAUUGUACAAUGUUCCCGUGGCUUACACCACCCGUGGUGUUUUGGCACCCAAUGGCGAUAAUGUCUUGGUGAUCUGUCACGCCCUCAGUGGCAGCGCCGAUGUCGCAGAUUGGUGGGGUCCCCUCCUUGGAGGUCCCGGUCAAGCCUUCGAUGUGUCUCGAUUCUUCGUGGUUUGCCUCAACAGUCUCGGAAGCCCGUAUGGCAGUGCGAGUGCGGUCACUUAUAAGGAUAACAAACCUGAAAAUGGUUACUAUGGACCCGAGUUCCCUCUCACCACUGUUCGUGACGACGUGAACAUCCACAAGAUGGUCCUGGACGACCUUGGUGUCAAACAAAUUGCCGCAGUGGUCGGUGGCUCCAUGGGUGGUAUGCUCACUCUCGAGUAUGCAUUCUUUGGAAAAGACUACGUGCGCGCUAUUGUACCGAUUGCAACCUCUGCUCGCCACUCUGCCUGGUGCAUUAGCUGGGGCGAGGCACAGCGACAGAGCAUAUACAGUGAUCCCAAGUACGAUGAUGGGUACUAUCCCUUCAAUGACCCGCCGUCGACUGGUCUCGGAGCAGCGCGCAUGUCGGCGUUGCUCACCUAUCGCAGCCGCAACUCCUUCGAGUCGCGCUUUGGCCGGAAUGUACCAGACCCUAGCAAGCGGCAAAGCAUCAAUGGCGCCGAGAAGGCACCUACCCCUCCCAAUGAGCACUGGGCCAUCCACAACGAUGGUCACCUCUCGUCUCGCUCGGAGAGCAGACAAAACUCCCCCACCCCUGCUCCGCAGACGGAAGUCCAGUAUAUGGAUCCGCAAUUCUCUGGCACCAAGAUCUUGUCGGCCCCGUCCCCGGCCCCGACCAACCUGACAGGUCGCCCACGUCCCCCGACCUACUUCUCCGCUCAGUCGUAUCUUCGAUACCAGGGAGAGAAGUUUGUCAACCGAUUUGACGCCAAUUGCUACAUUGCCAUGACCCGCAAGCUUGAUACUCACGACGUGUCUCGAAAUCGUACCAGCCAGGAUACGGAGGAUCCCGUACGCGAGGCCCUUUCCAGAAUUGAGCAGCCCGCUCUGGUACUCGGUAUUGAGUCCGACGGUCUUUUCACCUUCGCCGAGCAGGAGGAAAUCGCCGCCGGCAUUCCCAACUCAUGUCUCAAGCGCAUUGACAGCCCCGAGGGCCAUGAUGCUUUCCUCUUGCAGUUUGAGCAGGUCAACCGCCACAUUGUCGAGUUUUUCCACGAGGUUCUGCCCGACAUCAUGGCUCAUACUAGUGCCGAGGGCGCCGCAGCUUUGGCCAGUGUCAGCAACUUGACCAAGAGCAGUACCUUUGGUGAGGCCGAGGUUGAGGAUAUUACCGCAUGGUAA